UAUUUUAUAUUCGAAAUUUAUUUAAUAAAACACUGACAUUGAAAAAUGCCUGAUAUUUUAAAAUUAAUGAUUAUGUUGACAAUCCUGUUCUCAUUCAUAAUCGAUGGGAACAUGAUUAUGUCCAUGACCAGUGGAAAACCUUGCGUUCCAAGAUGGUUUAAUAGAAAACAUAGUUUUGUUUGUAUUUGUAAUGCAACUGUUUGUGAUUCGUUUGAUGAUGAUGAUAGAAUUUCGAAUGAAUCGAAAACGAUCACUAUUUUUAGCAGUGAUAUGCAUUCGGAUCGUUUUUUACGUAGUGAACAUCAUUUCAAAAAUGUGGAUACAUUAAAUCGUGGACAAACUAUAACGAUCAAUCGAAAUAAAACAUUUCAAACAAUCAUUGGCUUUGGUGGAGCAUUCACCGAUGCUACUGGAAUUAACAUAGGAAAAUUGAACGACCAAUUGGCGAAAAAUGUCAUUUAUGAUUAUUUUAGUCCUCGAGGUUUACGCUAUUCAAUGGGUCGAGUUCCAAUCGGUGGUACGGAUUUUUCUACCAGACCAUACUCAUACGAUGAACUUGGUCCUAAAAUUCAUGAUGAUUUUAAUCUAUCAUAUUUCAAAUUGGCUGCCGAAGAUUUCGAUUAUAAGAUUCCAUUGGUCAAACUGGCACAAAACAUCAGUCAUUAUCCAAUCAAACUAUUCGCAUCUCCGUGGAGUCCACCAGCAUGGAUAAAAACCAAUGGCCAUUUGAAUGGUCUUGGAAGAAUCAAAGGCAAACCGGAUGGAAUUUACUACGAAACUUAUGCAACAUAUAUGAUAAAAUUUUUACGAGAAUAUGAAAAACAAGGAAUCAAUUUCUGGGGAAUGACCAUUCAAAAUGAACCAGUCGAUGGAACAAUACCUGCUUUCAAGUUUAACUGUAAUGCAAUGUCGCCAGAAGAACAACGUGAUUUCAUUUUUGAAACAUUGGGACCCCAAUUAAAUGCAUCCGGGUUUGGAAUUGAUAAGCUAAAACUUAUGAUUAUGGAUGAUCAAAGACCGUUCAUUGAGAAAUGGGCUAAUGUCAUUUUAAGUGAUAAACGAGCCAAUAAAUAUGUUUCUGGUAUCGGUUUCCAUUGGUAUCUGAAUUCAUUCACUUCAGUCGAAGUAGUUUCCAAGACUCAUCAUAAAUUUCCAAACUAUUUUCUAUUAUCUACGGAAGCUUGUGAAGGUGCAAACCCUUUUCAAUUGGAAAAAGUUUCAUUGGGUAAUUGGGAUCGCGCUCAAUCAUAUGCCUAUGAUAUUAUUCAAGAUUUAAAUCAUUAUACUAGCGGUUGGAUCGAUUGGAAUAUGGCACUCGAUCCAGAGGGUGGCCCGAAUUGGGUAAAAAAUUUCGUAGACUCUCCAAUCAUUGUCAGUGAAGAUGGAAGCGAAUAUUACAAACAACCAAUGUAUUAUUCAUUAGCACAUUUUACACGAUUUAUUGAACCUGGAUCGGUACGUUUAGACAUACAGACUCAACAUGAGUACUUGAAUAUGGUUGCCUUUGAAACACCAAACAAGGCAACCGUAUUGGUUGUUUUGAAUCGUAAUAAACAUGAAGUACCUUUGAAAAUUCAUGAUGAUAAGUAUGGAAUUUUCUCUCAUGAAAUCAAAGGUCAUUCCAUUCAAACAUUGGUAUGGUAUUGAUGAUAAAGUAUAAUUUAAGAAAUAACAACAAUUUUUUAUAAAAAAAAAUUUCCAAAAUUAAUGAACAUCCUUCAAUUGAUGAUAAUCAAAUAAUAGAAUAGAAAAUCCUCAAUUGAUUAAAUAUCAGCUGAAAAUCAUAUGUAUGAUAGAAAUAAAAAUGAUUCUAAUCUCAA